AUGAGAAAUCUGGUAUUUUUUGGGUUGAUUUUGAAUUCAAUAUUUUGCUUGAAUCCUAUAGAGGAUGAAGUAAAGGAAUGGCCAUUUUAUCCAGAGUAUAAUUUUAAAACUUUCAGCGGAUUUGUUGAAAUAUAUGAAGGGAAAUAGUAUGAAUAAUGAUUAAGAAUAGAAAAAUCCAUUAUAUAUUUAUGGAAAGCAUUGAAAGUCCUGAAAAUAAACCACUUAUUGUUUGGUAUGGUGGUGGACCUGGGUGUUCUUCUAUGUUGGGUUUGAUUUCUGAAAUAGGGCCAUAUGUGAGAGAGAAAUUUAGCUAAGAAUUUGUAUAUACUGAAAAUCCAUAUUCCUUACAUAAAUUAGGAAAUAUCUUAUAUUUAGACAUUCCUGCUGGGGUUGGGUAUUCUGAGCUUCAUGAUGAGGAUUAUGAAUGGAGUGAUACAAAUACAGGAAUUGAUUCAUAUGAAGCGAUUAAGACUUGGCUAGAUGGAUUUUAAGAUUACAAAGAUAGAGAAAUGUGGAUUGGAGGAGAAUCAUAUUCAGGUAUAAUUAUUUGAUAAAUUAGGUAUGUAUGUACCAUGUACAGCUGAAGUAAUUGUUAAGAAAAAUAAGGAAGGAUAGAAUAGAAUAAAUCUUAAAGGAAUCCUUGUAGGAAAUGGUGUUUUAGUAAAUGAUGACGACUUUUUUGAUUUAUGGAACAGAGAAUACAUGAUAAAAAGAAAUUUCUACGAUAUUGUAACAUAAAAUGUUAUGCAUAAUUCAUGUUAAAGAUCUCCUUAAUCUGCAAGUUGUUAGAGAGCGUUGGAAACUCAAGCAAUUGUAAUGAAGGAUUUAAAUCCUUAUGAUGUGUAUGGAUAUUGUUAUGGAGAUUCCUCAAUAGAGUAAAAAGGCAGGUAUAGAAGUAUAAGGGACUCUGAAGAAGCCCCUUGUAUUGAUGUUGGACCCUUAAAUAAUUUCUUUAAUAAUCCUGAAGUUAAGAAGAAAUUAAGAAUCCCAGAGGAGAGGGUUUGGGAAGCUUGUAGUAUGGAAGUGUUUUUUGGAUUUCAUAGAGAUAAAGACAGUCAUGUAUUGUUGAAAUACUUAUUUGAAAAUGGGAUAAAAAUAUUAUAAUAUUCUGGAAAUUCAGAUGAUAUUGUAAGUAUUGAUUACACUCUUGCAUCCUUGAAACUUAUUGAUGGUAUUACAUUGAUAUCGAGAACACCUUUUGCUAAUAAUGAAACUAAACAAUUAGCUGGAUGGAUUAUGGAAUAUAACUAUUUAACUUUGUAUAUUAUCAGAGGUGCAGGUCAUUUAGUUCCCUAUGAUUAAAGGGCUAAUGCAUUCCAGAUGUUCCAAGAAUUUAUUAGCAGAUAAUGA